AUGGAUCUCGUAUCUACCAUUCGGAAAGAAGGCAGCAGAGGCGGGCAGACGGAGUUCAAAUGGUCAGACGUCAAGGACUCGAGUCGCCGUGAGAAUUACCUUGGCCACUCCCUUAUGGCACCAGUUGGCCGGUGGCAGCAAGGUCGCGAUCUCUCCUGGUACGCUAAGGGGGAAGAAGACCCGGAUGCGGCAAAACGGGCUCGAGACGAGGAAAUCCGUAAGAUCAAGGAAGCGGAACAGGAAGCCAUUGCUCGGGCACUUGGACUGCCAGUAGCAGCAGCGUCAGCAGGCGCGAAUGCGAAUGCGAAUAUGACCCCCCUUGGAGGGAAAGAAGUCGAGCGAGCAGUCCUGGAAGGGGCAGCUGACAACAAAGGCGUUGACCGUGUCAGGGGAGUCGGAUUUGGUGGCUUCAGCGGGAGAACGCUAGCCGGAGACGAGGUUGAGAAAUUGGAACCAAUGGGGGACGUUUCUGGCAAUCAUAGUCGAGCUAAAAAAGCCAAUGUCGACGGUCGAACCCGAGCAGGAGAGACGAGCGUCGUUCGGACCGCCAUGAUAGGAGGAGGCACCGCCCCCAUUCUCCAGAUCGAGAGACCACUCGGAGGCGGCACUCAGCUUCACGCUCGCGAAGUAGAGAUAGAGAGCCACGAGAACACCGGAGUCACCGCAGGCGUAGCCGGUCGCCACAUGCAUCCUCUCGACAUUCUCGAGAUGAUAGGAGACGAGAUCGUUACGACAAGAAAUGAUGAAUCAAACGACUCUUUGCAUAUAAACAAUAUAUCAGGAUCGGUUUCGGCGUUUGGGGGACUCUUUGAAUACUCAUAUGCAUAG